AUGGCUCCUGGAAUGGAAGCAGCGGACAUUGCUGUGGUAGCACUGUAUUUUGUCCUGGUGAUGGCCAUCGGGUUUUUUGCCAUGUGGAAAGCAAAUCGCAGCACAGUGAGUGGCUACUUCCUGGCUGGACGCUCCAUGUCAUGGAUAGUGAUAGGUGCAUCGCUCUUUGUGAGUAACAUUGGCAGUGAACACUUCAUAGGACUGGCUGGAUCAGGAGCAGCAAGUGGAUUUGCUGUUGGAGCAUGGGAAUUUAAUGCACUUCUACUUCUGCAGCUGCUUGGUUGGGUGUUCAUCCCUGUGUACAUCCACUCAGGAGUCUACACCAUGCCCCAGUACCUGUCGAAACGCUAUGGUGGCCACAGACUAAAGGUUUACUUUGCUUUCUUGUCUAUAAUGCUGUACAUUUUUACCAGGCUGUCUGUGGACCUGUAUGCUGGAGCGCUUUUCAUUCAGGAGUCCCUGGGAUGGAACCUUUACCUGUCUAUCUUCCUGCUCAUCAGUAUGACGGCAUUACUCACCGUCACUGGGGGACUGGUGGCAGUACUGUACACGGAUGUCCUUCAGGCAGUGUUGAUGAUUGGUGGAGCCUUAACCUUAACCAUCAUCAGCCUAAUCAAAGUAGGUGGGCUCGAGGGCGUUAGAACUAAGUACAUGCAAGCGGUUCCCAAUGUUACUGCUAUAUUAGCCAGUGGAAACUUCACAUAUUCUCCUUCCUGUCGCAUUGAGCCUAAACCAAACUCGCUUUACAUACUUCGAGGUCCUCUGGAUGAAGAUAUCCCUUGGCCAGGCUUUAUUCUUGGCCAGACCCCUGCGUCUAUAUGGUACUGGUGUGCAGACCAGGUCAUAGUCCAGAGAGUACUAGCAGCAAAGAACAUUGCUCAUGCAAAGUGCUCCACACUCAUGGCUGGUUUUCUCAAAAUUCUGCCCAUGUUUGUCAUUGUCAUUCCAGGAAUGAUCUCCCGUAUCCUGUUUCCAGAUGAAAUUGCUUGCAUAGGGCCAGAGCACUGCAUGUCUGUGUGUGGUUCUCAAGCUGGCUGCUCUAACAUUGCGUACCCACGCCUGGUCAUGGCUGUGAUGCCGGUGGGACUCAGGGGUCUGAUGAUGGCGGUCAUGAUCGCCGCCCUGAUGAGUGAUCUUGACUCAAUCUUCAACAGUUCAAGCACCAUCUUCACCCUGGACAUUUACCAAACUGUUCGGAAGAAGGCUUCGCAGCGCGAGCUGCUGAUUGUUGGCCACCUGUUUGUUGUGUUCAUGGUGGUCAUCAGCAUUGCUUGGGUCCCUGUUAUUAUUGAAAUGCAAGGUGGACAGACAUAUCUUUACAUCCAGGAAGUUGCUGGCUACCUGACUCCACCAAUCGCUGCCCUCUUCCUCCUUGGUGUGUUCUGGAAACGGUGUAAUGAGACAGGUGCAUUCUGCGGGGGCAUGACAGGUUUUACACUAGGUAUCACACGACUGAUCUUAGCUUUUAUCUACCGCCAGCCUCGCUGUGACCAGCCAGAUAAUAGGCCUGCCUUCAUCAUCCAUGUUCACUACAUGUAUUUUGCGGCUGGGCUGUUCUGGAUUUCAGGGCUGGUCACAGUGGUGGUCAGCCUCUGUACUGCCCCACCAGAUGAGGAGCGGGUUCGCAACACCACAGUCUGGGGGCUCCGCAAUGUUGAAAUGGUUCUUGCAAAGGAUAGAGAGGAAAUGUACAAGCUGACUGACCAGAGCCAUCCUAAUGUUGAUGGAAACCUUCUCAAAGAACUGCCCCAAGAUGUCCGAAAGGAGAGAUGUUUGGAUGGGGCAGAUAUUAAACUCCUUGUCCCAUCCACUGACCAUGACCCAGCAACACCUAGUACAGAAACCUCCCCUGCAACCUCCCCUGCAGAACAAUUUGGUAAUAGCAGGAUGGAGAUGAUCAGGGCAGUUGAUAGCUGCCAUGGGGAUGGGGAGAAUGGCAGGUGUACACGUUUACUGGACUGGAUUUUCUCACACAAGGAUGUGGCACAGAGUGCUCAGCCAAAAGACUCGCAGGAGGAUGAAGUACUCAUUGCAAAGAUGCUGUAUGAGUCCCCUCGUACCAAGCUUCUCCUCAACAUGGGUCUUUUAUGCGUCUGUUCUGUGGGUAUCUUCAUGUUUGUAUAUUUUUCACUGUAGCUGAACCUGGCACUGAACUAAGGGAGACCGGGUAGGGUGCUUUUUAUGAAGCUGAAAAGGUGGGUGGUUUGGGUGCUUUAACAAACUGUCUGUAAUAUUUACAGUUGUCUUUUGUAGUUCUCUAACAGGGAUCAUAGCUAAUUCUAAUCAUUUUGAAAUGAUUAAAGCUUCUAUUUACUUCUUUAUGACUAUGAAGCUUGUUUGGCACUGCUGUGUCCAUUUUGUACAGUGCUUGGUGUUAAUCCUUUAGAAUAUCUGCUGGGAUUUUUAGAAUCGUAGUAAUCCAAGUGAAUUUUAAU